AUGUUAAUAUGUUAUAGGUACGAAACCUUGCUCAUCAAAGAUAUAAUCGAUGUGAUAUGGAAAAGAUUACGUCCUACAUCGUUUACUUCUGUGGAGAACUUAGUUGGAUUAGACUCAAGUAUGAACUUAAUUGAUUUUUUGUUAGGUGCAGGGGUCGAUGAUGUUCGCUUUAUAGGGAUAUGGGGUAUGGGUGGGAUUGGUAAAACAACUAUUGCUAGAGUUGUUCGUGAGAGAAUCUCGCCUGAAUUUGAAUUCAGCAUAUUUCUUGAGAAUGUCAGUGAUAAUGUUCAAAAAGGUGGUCUAAUAUCCCAACAAAGAGAAAUUCUUUCAAGGAUAUCGAUGAAAACGAUCGACAUAUUUGAUGUUCACGAAGGAUCCACAAUGAUUAGAAGAUUACUUCGUCACAAAAAGGUUCUUCUCAUUCUCGAUGAUGUGACCGACUCAGACCAUUUAGAUUAUUUGGCUGGAAAGCAAGAGUGGUUUGGUUCUGGGAGUAGAGUUCUUAUUACAACUAGAAAUGAGCAUUUGUUAAUUGAACAUGAAGUGGAGAGAAGAUUUCAGGUCAAACGUCUAAAUCAUGAUGACGCUCUUAAGCUUUUUAGUUGGAAAGCCUUUGGAAAAGACCACCCUGAAAAAAACUAUAUUGAUUUGUCUAGCUGUGUUGUGAGUUAUGCCGAUGGUCUUCCACUAGCUCUUAAAGUUCUGGGGAGUUUUUUGCGCGGAAGACAUGCAAGUGCUUGGAACAGUGCGUUGGGUAAACUAAGAGAUCUUUGUAACACAGUUUUGGGGACACUUCAAAUAAGUUACGAUGAUCUAGAUGACAGGGAGAAGAAAAUAUUCCUAGACAUUGCGUGUUUCUUUAACGGGGAGAAAGAAGAUCGAGUUAUAGAAAUCCUAGACAGUUGUGGCUUUUGUGCAGGUAUUGGAAUAGAUGUCCUCAUUGAGAAAUCUCUGUUAACUAAUUCAUAUGGCACUCUAUGGAUGCAUCAGUUGCUCCAAGAGAUGGGUCGUGAAAUAGUCAAUCGAGAGUGUCUUGAUGAGCCAGGAAAUCGCAGCAGGUUGUGGCGCCAUGAAGAGGGCAAGCAUGUCUUGAGCAAAACUACAGUAAGGGGACUCUUAGUUUACGAAUGA